GUAUACCCCACACAAAGAGAUUUGCAACUGAUGAGGCUCGCGAGAGGCGAGACACGAAGUCAUAAUCUUUUACGUAAUAGUAGCGGCUAAGUUUGACUUCGCCAAACAGCUAAUCGACAUUCCGUCCUCUCAAUGGCACAGCUUGCUCUACGAAAUACGGAUCAACAGUCCGGAAGUUUAUAAACAUGGAAUCUUUCACAUCGCUGCUCUAGGACUCUCACCUCGCAGCGACAGUCUGACGUACAUAAACCUGGCCGUUUGCCUUUUGUCUUUCCCCCCAUACUCUUCUCUUCAUAUCUUCUAGCUACAGCACUCUUCUGCGCUCACCACAACUCCUUUACACACACACACUUACCUAACAGCUCUUUUACCUUGUAGUCCCACCAAUCCAAACACUUUCAAAAUGGGUUUCCGUCGAUUUCUCGCCUCCUUACUCUGCGUGUCUAAGGCUCAGGCCGACACCGACUCUAUCCUCCCCAUCACCAAAGACUUUAUCACCAGCAGCAGCUCCAUCUCUUCUGCCUCCACAGCCAGUACUCGAACCAGCAACCGCUCUCAAGAAAUCCUAGACAAGGCCUCUGGCCGUACCAUGGUCCUUCAAGAAUUUAUCAGUUCUGAGGAGACUUAUGUCAACCUCCUCGAAGAAUUUGACGAUAUUUACAUCCAGUCGGCCUGUGCACCCCUCAUUUUUCACACAGGUGGAAAACUCUCACGCCAGGUGACUUUUUACACGGCCCUUACUCUGGAAGAACGCAGAACGAUGUUUAAUGGCCUCCAGGAGAUUCUUAGCCUUCACCGCACGCUUGUACUUCCCAAACUCUUCGCUGCCACCCAAGUCCUUCUCACGCAAGGUGACGACCACGACGGACUUCGCUCCACCCAUACAGCCUUUGAAGUCUGCCAAGUGAUUUGCAAAUUUGCUGACUGGUUCAAGAUGUAUUCUGCUUACAGCGUGACUUGCGAUAAUGCGACUGCCAGACUUACGCAAUGGACCAACGGAAUUAACAUGGUCAGGCAAGACAAGAAUCGUGUGCAGGCGUACUUGACCAAGUGCAAGGUCAACAAAAAUCACUCGCAGAUUAAUAUGACUGGUUACUUGCUUCUUCCUGUCCAACGCUUGACUCGUUACAAAAUGCUGCUUGAACAACUCGAAAAGUACACCCCGGCCCCUCCAAGUGGAGCCAGGGACUACAUCGGCGAGGCUUUAUCCCGCAUCUCUACCAUCCUCGUUUAUGUCAAUGAUUAUAAACGCGAUCUCGACGCUCGCUCCCGCCUGUGUCACUGGGCAGACCAAAUUUCGUCUGUAGGACCUUCGCCUCUUGUUCAACCUCAUCGCACAUUGAUUCGCGAAGGACCCAUCAAAUUCAUUGCCCGCGGUGCCUUGCCCCAAAAUACUUCUAAAACACUCAAGCAUCGCCAUGUGGACGAAUCAAAAAGGAGUAUUGGGACCGUAAAUAAGAUGUGUAUGGCAAUACUUUGCCAAGAUUUGCUUGUGCUCGUCGAUAAUGUUGCAAAUAAACAAAAGGGUAAAUUGGAGUUGGUAGAUGUUGUGAGACUUAGUGCGAUGGGCAAUGCGAGAGUGGAAUGGGGGAAUGUAGUCGUGUUUGAAGCGUACAACAAUACUGAACAGGUCUCGUAUUAUCUUCGAGCGGACGACCAAGAGAUUGCUCAGGGUUGGGUUGAUGCUAUCAACCAGUCAAAAAGAUCAUAGAAUUGUCAAGCUCCUUUUGAUUAGAGCUUAUACUUGACGCUUACCAGCAUACUACUUACUGUAAUUCCUUUUAAUAUGAGAGCUUCGUAAUUCUUAAGCUCGCUAUCUCUAGAUAUCGGCAGGGCAUUUUGGUUUUCUGAUUUGAUUUUGAACUUUGUUUGUGCUUCUGUGAUGACCAUAUACUUAUUCUAUAAUCAUCCAGGUUGUUUUUGUGGCAUUAUCAUG